ACUUUCUGUGUAUUUGUCUCUUUCUUUCUCUGUUGUUGUUUCUAUUAGCAGCCGCCAUUUCUCAUCGUCUCCUCUUCUUCCCUUCAGGUUUCUCCAAUCCAGGAUCCUCUGCUGAUAUCUUCUAUAUAAGAGAAUUCUCCUGGAUGACCCAUCAACCAUGGAGAGAGACAGGAACAAGAUGGCCGACAGGAUCAUAAACCUCACCCUACAGAUACUCUUCCGGCUUACUGGAGAGGAUUACACAGUAGUGAAGAAGUCCUCUAGUGGGCGCUGUCGGGCCCCUGUGUGUGAAGAAUGGGGAAGAACCCUGAGCCCAAUCCCGGGGCCCCCCCCUCACUCCCUGAUACAUGAGGAAAUGGAUGAACAGAAGAUCCGAGAACUCAUCAACAAGAUGAUGGAGCUGCUGACUGGAGAGGUUCCUAUAAGGUGUCAGGACGUGGCGGUCUAUUUCUCCAUGGAGGAGUGGGAGUAUGUAGAAGGACACAAGGAUCAGUACAAGGAUCAGGUCAUGAUGGAGGAUCAGCAGCCCCUCACAUCACCAGUCAGAUCCAGUAAGAGAACAGCACCAGAGAGGUGUCCCCGUCCUCUUCUUCCACAGGAUGAUCAGGGAGAAGAUCCGAACAAUAUUAAUGCUCCAGAGACAGAUGUGAGCGGUGAUGAGCAGUAUAAGGAGAACAUUCCUACAGGGAAAGAUCUGAUCUAUAUUACUGCUACAGACAUAAAGGAAGAAGAAGAAGAGACAGAUGUGAGCGAUGAGGAGCAGUAUAAGGAGGACAUUCCUACAGGAAAAGAUCUGAUCUAUAUUAAUGCUACAGACAUAAAGAAAGAAGAAGAGACAGAUAUGAGCAGUGAUGAGCAGUAUAAGGAGGACAUUCCUACAGUUGCACAAAUUGCGGAAAACUAUGUAACCAUGGAAACGUGUGAACUAAUCUGAAGACUUCAAAUCUACAGAAAACAACUACAUUGUGAAUAUAGAUUCUUGUACCAGGAGUUCAGAGGAGAAUCUUAUAUCUUCAGAUUAUAAAGCAGAUGAU